AUGAUGCGCAACAUGGUGGCAACUUCAGGAGGGUUUGUUAUUUCCGGGUAUACUGGACAUGCAGGCAGAGCUCCACCUUUUCCUGUGGAACAGCUGGAACUCCAAUUGCCACAAUCUCGCGAGUCAACAGGCAUCACGUUCUCGACUUGGUCACCACCAACAAGAACAUCAUCGCACGCUCAGCGGAUACAAGAGCCAAAUCGACCAGAACCCACGAUGACUGAACUCGACCUCCCGCCGCCUUAUGAGCAAGCGAUUCGUGAUUCCACGGGAAGCAAGCAUCCAAUGGACACUUCUUGA